AAACUGAUUUUAUUGACCAUCUGUCUGGCUGGUGUUCAAUUCACAUGGACGGUUGAGCUUGCUUAUGGCACACCUUAUCUGCUCUCGCUUGGGUUGGCAAAAUCACUCACUGCUUUAGUCUGGAUUGCUGGUCCGCUUUCUGGCAUUCUGAUUCAGCCAAUUGUCGGUGUAUAUAGCGACAGAUCUACGUUUCAAUAUGGUCGUCGUCGACCAUUUAUCCUAAUUGGGGGUUUGCUUGUCGUCAUUUCUAUUGCAAUGAUUGCAUAUUCAAGAGAAUUCUCUGAUCUUCAUUUGGUCACAAUCAUUGUAGCAGUGGUAGGGUUUUAUUUUCUCGAUUUCUCCAUCAAUGCUGUUCAAGCUAGUUGUCGUGCACUUAUUGUCGAUGUAUCACCCCUCCAUCAACAAGAUUUGGCAAAUGCAUGGGGUGGCCGUAUGAUUGGACUGGGAAAUGUUCUUGGAUAUUUUGUUGGAUAUCUCGAUCUUCCAAAACUAUUUCCAAUGCUUGGACCGACUCAAUUGAAAAUCUUGUGUGUCAUUGCCAUUACUUGGUUUGUAACUACGAUUCUCGUGACAUGCAUUGCGAUUGUUGAGCGUCCCUACAAGCAGCGCCAGUCUGAACGACAUCAGGCAUGGUGGAAGCCACUGAUGGAGAUAUUUCAUUCGCUAUCCACUUUGCCUCGCUCCAUUCAAAGUGUCUGUAAUGUGCAAUUUCUAGCAUGGCUGGGCUGGUUUCCAUUUUUAUUUUACAGGCAAUAUUCCUUGACACGCAUCAUGGAUACCAAUGACACAUCAGAUGAAGGAACACGAGCCGGAUCGUUUUCACUGCUGUUGUUUGCCAUUAUAUCUGUGAUUACGGGAUUUAUUCUUCCCAUGAUGGUCAAACACACACGCACGUCUGGUCGCAAUGGAAGGUUUGAUUCGCCUAGAUCUCAAGUAGAUGUAUCUUAUCGUCAAACAUGGGCCGAGUUUUUUACACUACCACGCAUUUGGAGUAUAUCACUUUUUGGAUUUGCAAUUCUUAUGGUUUUGACAGCUGCAGUGCAUGAAGUGAUUGGCGCUACGUUUAUUAUAGCAGCAACUGGAAUAUCCUGGGGAGUAGCACAAUGGGUGCCUUUUACACUUAUGGGCGAAGAGAUUAUCAUUUCGCGUUCUGAUUCGCAACCAACACGACGGGAUGGGUAUGCAGUAGUUCAAGAUGAAGAUGAAAUAGUGAAUUAUCAUGCUUCAUCAUCACAACCACCACCAUGUGUAGCAGAUAUUGGAAACUCUAAUGAAUCUGGACUACAAGCAGGGAUGGUGUUAGGAAUCCACAAUAUUUAUAUUGUUUUACCACAAUUUCUGAGCACAGUCAUGAGUGCUAUUGUGUUUGCUAUUAUUUCAGAAUUACAAAAAUCCAGUCCAAUUGAAACACCAGCAGAA